AUGGCUCAUUUGAAGGUUACUAUGAAAGAUGGUCGUCGUUGUAGUACAAAUACAGCUUUUUUGCUUCCAACAAAAAUGAGAUUAAACUUACACGUGAAAAAGUACAGCACUGUUACACGAAUAUUAACAGAAAAAAUUACAAAAAAGGCAAUUGGAGUAGAAUAUGUAUCAAAUCAUAAAAAAUAUAGAGUGUUUGUAAGCAAAGAAGUUAUUAUUUCUGGUGGAACCAUAAACUCGCCACAGUUACUUAUGCUAUCGGGGAUUGGACCGAAAGAACACUUGAAAGAUUUGAAAAUUCCAUUGAUACAAAACUUACCAGUUGGUGAAAAUUUGAUGGAUCACGUGGCACUGGGGAGUUUGAGCGUUUUGAUCAACGAUACUAUUUCAUUAAAGACACAAAGGGUAUUGAGAGAUCCACUGACUUUAUACAAUUUUCUAAUGAAUCAUAACGGUCCAUUAACAAUACCAGGUGGUGCAGAAGCAUUGGCAUUUUUCGACUUGGACCAUCAAGGGUUCACAGAUGGACACCCAAAUUUAGAACUACUGUUAGUAUCUGGUCUAUAUUCGAGUGACGGAUCAGCRCACAAGUUGUUUGGCUUAAAAACGGACAUUUACAACAAAAUAUACAAGCCCACCGAAAACCUGGAAGGUUUUACGGUAUUCCCGAUGAUUAUGCGACCGAAAAGUAAAGGUCGUAUAUGGUUGGAAGAUGCGAAUCCCUUCCAUCACCCGCUGAUCGAUCCCAAUUACUUUGCUGACGAGACGGACUUGGAUGUGGCCGUAGCCGGGGUGCGGAUUUUCCAAAAAAUGUUGAAAACCAACGCUAUGAAGAAACUCAACGCCACGUUGUUCGACACCCCAUUGCCGGGUUGCGUGCGACACAAAUUCGACACAGACGCGUACUGGAAAUGCUCAGCGAGACAAAUAAGUUUUACCAUCUAUCACUUGUCGGGCACGUGCAAAAUGGGACCGGUGGGUGACCCCACGGCCGUGGUGGAUCCCAGAUUGCGUGUGCACGGCGUGAGCGGAUUGAGAGUCAUCGACGCGUCGGUCAUUGAUCGAUCACCAGGUACUGAGGUACUUGAUCAUUUUAAUGUACCACACUUGUUAGAACGAGCCGGCGCUGGCGACCCCUAG